CAUUUCCAUUUCUGUUCUUAUAUACACUUACAGAUAAGUGAUGAUAUGUUAUCCAUGAAGUUGUGUAAACGAACCACUUACCCGCAAUGUUAAACAUUUGCAAGUUUUCCCAGGUAGCGCUGGUUCUCCUUGCCACCAGCUUAUCCUGUGCUGCAGCCGUGCCAAUCAAUAGCCCUAAAAAAUCAAUCUUCAGUCGGUCCAGAUGGGACAGACGUACAGAGGAAACUACAACGAUUCGAGUAUACCAACCGAAAUACAAAACAUUGUUUAAUUUCAGACAAUUACCGGCCAGUUCUACUUUUCCACCUAUCCCAUCGCAAGUGAUAGAUAGUUAUUCAACAUCUCCACCAACUGUGACAAAAAUCCCUCGUCAUCCGUUGCUAGUAGAAGAACUUUCAGUGGAUCCAUCGCUUCCAGCUGCUGCUACCGAACCUUCUGCUAUUUCGUUUUCUGAUUCCAGUUCAUCAUCCUCAUCGGAUUCAACUACGCAAUCGUCAAAACCAUCGUUCAGCAUGUCCAAUCUUCUACGUCCUUCCAAUUCAAUGACCAAUUUUUUCAAAUCACUUUCACGCAACCCAAAAUCUAAUGCUAGUCCGUCUUCAACCGUGAACCCAAAUGUCCAAUUUGACAUGGAACUUCCGUCUUCCAUUAUGAAACCUCCAUCUCUUGUUGCAUAUCCGUCGACCACUUCCAAUCCUUUGACCGGCUCAAGUUCGUUUAGUUUGUCUUUGCCCGUCUCUGAAAUAUCUGUUCCAUCAUUGUCUGCAUCUUUCUUCAGCUCGACUUCUCCACACGUUCCAAAACAGUCUGUUUCUCCAGGAUAUUCUCCAUCAUCCGCAGGCAUCUCUCCUCCGCGUGGUACAUCUAUUAUAGUAGCUGCUUCAAACCCUUCCGAUGAUACGUCACUCCCUCGUGUCCCGAAAUCCUCUUCAACCGCGAUACACGCUGUUUCAACCGAUUCAUCGAUCACCGGGGACUAUAGUUUCUCGUAUCGCGUCAGUGAUGCUUCUACUAAUCAAGAUUUCGGCCAUCAAGAAAAUCGAAUUGGAAACAAUACGCAAGGAAGGUAUGACGUCGCCUUGCCUGAUGGCCGUCGUCAGAUUGUUGACUAUCAGGUCUUGAACAAUUCUGGUUACACUGCAGACGUCUCGUACGUUGGUGAUAUCAAACCUUUCGAGACUGUUGAUAUCAAACUCAUCGAGCCACCCAUCAUUGAAAAUACAACGCCGGCACCUUCGUUGAUCACCAACGCGAAAAUAGAAGAAAAUAUGGAAUUUCCUAUCUAGUCUUUGUUUAGCAUCAUGUUCGUUCAUGUUUUGGUCAGCAAGGCCCUGGUAGAAGACCUUGAAUUUAGUUACCUUUUCAAGUUGAUCUUGGAAUCUAUUUCGCAACCAAAUAAAAGUUUCCGAUAGUCGUGAA